AUGUGGGAGGUAGGAUCUGUGAGGCUGGCGGAGAGCGCUGCUGCCGCUGCGAGCUGGAAACUACUGAAUGGGCAUCUAUCCGGCAACUUCAACAGACCGCUGUCUCACGGCGACACGGGGGCUCUGCGUAAAACCAAGCGGCGCGUCUCCAAGUCUGGGUCAGCCCAACUCACAGACGGAGAGGACGCUCAAGUUGGAUCGGGCGAGCAGCUUUUCACUUGUUAUCGGCGCUCGGCUCCCUCUAACAUGCCUGCCAUCAAAAAGGAGAGGCUGGAUGGAGACGACAUGGCAUUGACUGCUUUCAACCAGUCCGAAUACCUGGCCCCUUUAAAUGCCACCGCUAUCCCCGUGGUGACCCCGCAUCCGCCGCCCUACGACCACAUUUUCGCCCAUCACCGCGCGUACUUGGGGCUCCACGACUCGGCGCUGCAUCACCAGCAUCUCCACCAUCACACGGACGACUUAAUGCUGGAGAGGUUCUCCUCCAUCCCCGACUUUCAGCCCUUCUUCGAUAACGGAGAGCCGUGCAUCGAGGUGGAGUGCGGGGAAAACAAGGCUUUGCUUUACAUCAAUAAACUGUGUCAAGGUAGUAAGGGACCUUCAAUUAAAUACAGGGGUGAGUGGCUCACCCCCAAUGAGUUCCAGUUUGUCAGUGGACGAGAGACUGCCAAAGAUUGGAAACGGAGUAUUAGACACAAAGGGAAAAGUCUCAAGACUCUCAUGUCCAAAGGAAUCUUACAGGUGCACCCUCCAAUCUGUGAUUGUCCUGGUUGUCGAAUUUCAUCUCCAGUGAACCGUGGGCGCUUGGCUGAGAAACGCACCAUCCCCCUUCCCCCCAACCGGGUACCCAAGAAGGAGCUGGCCUCCAUCUUCAGCAGUGACGACAGUGAAGGCAGCGAGCGGGCCAGUGGGGAUCAUGCCCACAUCAAGCAGGAGGACGAGUUGCAUUACAGUAUCAUGAGAAAGAGUCGUGACAGUGACCUCUCUACAAUCAUCUCCAAUCUGCACCACACCAGACAGCACGGCAUGCCCGAGGGCGAGUCAGCCUCUGAUCACAACACCAGUACUGGACACACAGAUGCCCUUCUAGGCAAGAGGAGAAGCUUCUCUCCCAACAGCAGCAGCGAGUGUCCCUCUGACAGCAAGAAGUCACGUAGCGUAUCCCCCAAAGAAAACUCCCAGAGUCCGGUUGUGGAGGCAGGCGGCAGCCACGGCCUCAUGAGCCCUGAGGAGCACUACAGGCGCAUGAUGUCAGCGCUCAGCGAGCAGGGGUCCUAUGAGGAGCAGCAGCAACGCCUCUACCAGCUGGCAAGCAGCAUGGGUUUGCCCGGCCACGACAUACUGCGUGCUCGUCAGGAGGCGCUGGCUGCAGCGGUGAGGAAUCCAGUGGCCUUAGAAGCUCACCUGCCCUCGGCGGGCAGCUCUUCUUCAUCCAGCCAGAGACGCAAGCAGGGUCUGCCGCAGCACCGAGACGCACAUUACACCGACAGAGAACUGUCUCAUCCUCCGCCCCUACUGUCCCCUCCAACUGCCCCUCACAUCGCCUUAGGACCUCACCUGCGGCCUCCUUUCCUGGGCAUGCCCUCUGCUCUUUGCCAAGCUCCUGGGUAUGGUUUCCUCCAACCAGCUCAAGCUGAGAUCUUUGCUCGGCAACAGGAGAUGUUGAGGAAACAGAAUCUAGCCAGACUUGAGAUGUCAGCAGAGCUGCUGAGACAGAAGGAGUUGGAAAGUCUCCACCAGCGACAGCAGCAGCGUCUUCUGGGCUCUGACCCUCUGGGAGCUCUACCUCCUAGCCUGCCCCCUGACCAUCCUGCCCUGCGGAGCCUCCACGACAUCCCAGAGGGCCAUCCUCUCCGUGAGGAGCUGGCCCGCCGGUCAAAUGCAAUGCUGGUGCUUCGCCAUGGAGCUGCCACACCCCUCCUAACCCUCAACCACCAGCAGCACCAACCAGGGGCAUCCACCACACCCAAAGACACCCAGGCACAGAGCUCCACUGCUGGGCCAGAUGCAGAAUCCAGGAAGGCCCCCCGCAGGGGUCCCCAGAUACAAUUCCGUGCUGGGGAUCACAUAGGAGGAAGAGAGGACAGAGGAAGGGAGGGAGACAGGGAGGUGCAGGAUGAGGAGAUGAAGGACUCCGACAGUGAAACAGAGAUGUGCACAGAGAGGCAGGAGGGCAUCAGUGCCAAGUCCACCAGUAAACCCAGGGACAGGGAGAGAGAUGGGGGUAAGGAGACUGGCAGCAAGGGAGUGUGUGACAGUGCCAAGGAGACUGGAGAGUGCUCAGGCAGGCUGAGCGCCCCUUGUAGCUCAGCAGGUACAGAGUCACCCAGUCGCCACCUCUUCACUCCUGGACUGGGCAAGGCUGAUGUUAAAUACCACCUGCCACCUGGACUCAUGCCACCUCUGCCUGCUCUUCACGCCCAGUCGUUCCCCUUUGGAUUCCCCUACGCCAACCCUUACUUUCACACGGGCUCUGUGGGAGGUCUUUUCAUGGAUGGGGAGGACUCGGCCACAGCAAAUCCUGUGGAGGACAUCAGCAAGUGGAGUGUGGAGGACGUGUGUGGCUUCAUAAGCAGCCUGGCCGGAUGUGCUGAAUACACACAGGUGUUUCGGGAGCAGGCCAUUGAUGGAGAGACAUUACCGCUGCUCACUGAGGAGCACCUGCUCAGCACCAUGGGACUAAAGCUGGGGCCCGCACUCAAGAUCCGCUCACAGGUGGCGCGCCGUGUUGGCAGGCUUUUCUACAUGACUGGAUUUCCCUUGGCGUUCCCAUUUCCGCCUUCUGCCGCUCUGCGCCCCCCAGAACGGGAUCGGGACCCCCUUGCCACGCCAUCUGACACCCCCCUGCCCCUCUCUCUGUCCCUGCCCCACAGACCCACCUCCACCAGCAGCAGCUCCUCUCCCUAUAGCGGGCCUACCCCAGGAUGCUCCUCCCCCAAGCAGGAAAACGGUAAUGGCUCCACGGUGGUGGGAAGAUACGAGGCCAAAACUCCUUCGUAGGAGCUGAGAGGCAUGGGGGAGCAGGGCAGACCUGCCUCAAGCUAACCAGAGAGCUGAGGGAGGAGCAGGAGAGAGAGAGGGGGGGGUGUAACCUGAACCAGAGAGAUUGACUCCUAGGCUCUAUUUAACAGACCCCCCCCCCCACCUUGGGACCUUUAUGCUAAAAUUUAUGGGAAAACAUUGGACUGGAAUAAAAGACAACUGGACGAUAUGAACCACAUCCGGCAAACCAAUCAAGAGUCUGAGUUCCUCUGCAGUGGCUGUAGCUGAGCAGAAUCCAAAGAAACUGUGUUGGAAGGGAGACACGUGAAGCGACAGAGGAACAGAGAAAAAGAAAAAGGAGGAAAAGGAGACAGCUGGUCACAGAGAGCUUGCC